CGCGCCUUGCACCCGUCUGCUCCCCCGCUUCUCGGUGACAUUUCGCCCUUCUGCUAGUUCUCGCUACCCACGCUUCCUAACGCAGGCUGAAGCCCCUCAGAUACCGGAGUGGCCAGCCCCAUGGCGUUCCCGAUUCUCCCUUUUACAGCUCUCACCCUUCCAGUGCCGACGGUAAAGACCUUACGCCAGGGGCUUCCUCCUCACUGGGGAAUUGCCGGAAAGAUCAAACAAAAAAGGCGCUGGUGUAGGCUCCAAAAUAAACACAUCUGAAUUCAUGAUGGCAUCGACAGAGGCUCUUAUUGGAUUAAAAGUUUCAAAACAAACAAAAACGCUUUGGAAAAAGCAGGGUUGAAUGCCUGCCUACACCCUCAGGCGCGACCAUGGAGAAAGGUGGGAACAUACAACUGGAGAUCCCUGACUUCAGCAACUCUGUCCUGAGCCAUCUAAACCAGCUGCGCAUGCAGGGACGCCUCUGUGAUAUUGUGGUCAACGUGCAAGGACAAGCUUUUCGGGCUCACAAAGUGGUCCUGGCUGCCAGCUCACCCUAUUUCCGGGAUCACAUGUCCUUGAAUGAGAUGAGUACUGUCUCCAUUUCAGUCAUCAAGAACCCCACUGUUUUUGAACAGCUCCUCUCUUUCUGUUACACGGGGCGGAUAUGCCUGCAACUGGCAGAUAUCAUCAGCUACCUGACGGCUGCCAGUUUUCUGCAGAUGCAGCAUAUUAUCGACAAAUGUACACAGAUCCUGGAGGGUAUUCAUUUCAAAAUUAAUGUGGCGGAAGUUGAAGCCGAGUUAAGUCAAACGAGGACAAAGCAUCCAGAAAGACCUCCAGAAUCGCACAGGGUCACACCAAAUCUAAACCGUUCCCUUAGCCCUCGGCAUAACACCUCAAAGGGAAACCGGCGAGGUCAGGUAAGUGCUGUGUUGGAUAUCAGGGAGCUCAGUCCUCCCGAGGAGUCCACCAGCCCCCAGAUAAUUGAACAGAGCUCUGAUGUCGAGAGCCGGGAGCCCAUUCUUCGAAUCAACCGAGCAGGACAGUGGUACGUGGAGACAGGAGUAGCAGACCGAGGGGCCCGCAGUGAUGAUGAAGUCAGGGUCCUUGGAGCCGUACACAUCAAAACUGAGAAUCUGGAGGAGUGGCUCGGGCCUGAGAAUCAGCCUUCCGGAGAAGAUGGGAGUAGUGCAGAGGAAGUCACAGCCAUGGUGAUUGACACCACAGGCCACGGUUCUGUGGGACAGGAAAAUUACCCUUUAGCAUCUUCGGGAGCCAAGGUGGCUCGGCCAACAAGCAGUGAAAUUGACAGAUUUAGCCCCUCUGGCAGUGUUGUUCCCUUGACCGAGAGACACAGAGCCAGAAGUGAGUCUCCUGGGAGAACGGAUGAGCCUAAGCAGCCCAGCUCCCAGGUGGAGGAGUCCGCAAUGAUGGGAGUAAGUGGCUAUGUGGAGUAUCUCCGGGAGCAAGAAGUAUCUGAGCGGUGGUUCCGGUACAACCCCCGUCUCACCUGCAUCUACUGCGCCAAAUCUUUCAACCAGAAGGGGAGCCUGGACCGCCACAUGCGCCUGCACAUGGGUAUCACACCAUUUGUCUGCCGCAUGUGUGGCAAGAAGUAUACCCGGAAAGAUCAGCUGGAGUAUCACAUCCGCAAGCACACAGGUAACAAACCCUUCCACUGUCACGUCUGUGGCAAAAGCUUCCCCUUCCAGGCCAUCUUGAAUCAGCACUUUCGCAAAAACCACCCUGGCUGUAUACCCCUGGAGGGGCCUCAUAGCAUCUCCCCUGAAACAACUGUCACGUCUCGAGGACAAGCUGAGGAAGAGUCACCUUCUCAAGAAGAGACAGUUGCUCCUGGGGAAACUGCCCAGGGCUCUGUGUCCACCACUGGGCCAGAUUGAAACUUUGAGGGGGAGGGGGCAGACCCUCUUCCCCUUUGGGCCGUCAGCAGCCAGCAUCAGGGCCCUGGGCUGGUACUUAGAUUUACAAAAUGCCACAUCACUAGAUCGGAAGAUGCGCCCAAGAUGUUGCCAAACUAGAGGAUGAGCAACAUACACAGAAGCACUAGAGGCUCUUCCCCUCCUCCUUCCCACCUCAUCCUUUGGAAAAUAAUCAAGCAAAUCAACUUUCUAAUUCAGGGAUCAACAGCCUUGGUUUGUUAACUUUAUAAGAAAAAAAUUUUUUAACAAAACAAUGAUAGAUGGUCAUUUAUCUACCAGUCAUGUUUGAACACUGUACUUUGGUCCAUAUCAUCCUGGUGGCUAUAAUUGCCCAGAUCUGAAAAAACAGCAGGAGCCUUGGUCAUCUGAACCAGCCAGCCACAGGAGAGAAGGAAGUAGUCGUGACGGCAACAGGGAGGCGGCAUCUCUCCUCUUCCUUCCCUGCCAGAACAUGCAGUUUCACAUUUGAAGAAAAAAAAGAAGAAAAAGGUAUCCUGGUGGUUCUUAACUGCUUUGAAAGGUUAGACCUUACCUUCGCUCUGAUUAGGCGUCUGAUACUUUGCCUGAUUGUUUCCUGUAAGCCACCAUCUUGGAGCGGUGUUGUCGUGGGCAGCGUCACCUGAAGCACUUUAGGCAACCGGAAGUGAAAUGAGCAGCAGAGUGUUCGCAGUAGGUCCUGCUACAUGUGGGGGCUUGAGUGUCCUACUGAGGAAGAGGGGAGCAGGGAAGGAAGUGGGGUUUUUGUGCGAAUGUCAAAUGGUGCAGAGCACUGCCACUUCCUGGUCGGGAUUUGUACCCCGUAGUGCUUAAAUAUCUUUGGGUGUUAAGAAACGGCUCUAGUCCAGAUGAAUUAAUGUGUUAGGCUGAGUACCAAAGUUUCAUCCAGUCUCUGUGGCUCCUCCUUUCACAUAACAGCAAUAUUAUACAUCAAAAAGUGUCACUUUCCAGUGAAAUGAGCCUGGACUGUAUUUUUAAAUCUACAGGUCUCCAUAUUUGAUAACUUUUAUAUGAAGUUUUAAACACAUUUUUUCUGCAAUAGUGUGGUUGAAGAAAUUCAACACUAUGGUUCUUACUGCAACCACAAUUCCAUUUCCUUCUACACAUGUAAAAGUUUAUAUUUUCAAGCCAAUAGAAGAACCUCACUAAAUCCAUGUCUUGCGUCUGCAAACCUAGUAAUUCAUAAACCCAUCAUCAGCAAAUUGCUGGUGACUCCAAGAGCUUUGCUUUUUAAUAAUACACUACAGGGCAUUCACCAGAAAACAUCAUGCACAAUCACGUUGCAAUAAAUUGAUCAAAGGAUCAGUUUUGAUCAGGUUUGGUUACUUAAUCAUUCCUAAGAUUUUUAAAACUUCAAGGGACCUUUUUGGUAAUUCUGGGGAUUUCUGAGAUUCCUAAUCCAGCACUGAGAGUCAGAAAAAUUUACCAAACAUGUAGAGUUUUAGAUGCCCUGUCUCGCAUUCAGAGAACGGAGGAGGAUUAGUAAGGGGUGCGGGCAAGGAGAUGCUUACAGUGCAGAUAGAAAAGAGAAAAACCCAUAGCGUAUCCUAAUGGAUCAUUAGUGUUUUAAGAGUAUUUAAAUAUGCAGUGGUUUGAGUUAUUUUGGUGCAGAGGCAUAGAUGAUUGUAAGAGAUCCGGGGCAGGGCUGGUCAUGCCUGCACCGGUGAGCCAUCUGUGAGAACGUUAGUAGCGUGCUCCCUUUCUGAGAAUGCUUUGUGGUAUGUGGAAAGGUGGGUGGCAAAGAAUGGCAUUUCUUUGAUGACAGGAAGUUAGAGUGCAAAGAGUAGCUCCUGAGCAAUCUGCGAAUUGUACGUACACACAAAGCUGCACCGUGUCCCCAGAGAGUGGUUAUUUUCCCUUCUGGAAGAACGUGGAAAUGCGUCUUGCAGUAGGAAUGUAAUGAUGCUACCAUGUGAUAAGAGCCUACCCUUACACAAUCCCGCGAAGCCGUCUUUUGUCUUUCCGAGACAUAGACUGGAGCAUUCUCCUCUUCAGCUGGGCAACAGCAUGAUAGGGCCGUCUUAGGGACCAGCUAUGCUUUGUGGCAUAGAAGUGGAUUUGAAAUUAGCCUCAAAUCUAUAGGGAAACCUUUUAGCUGGUCAUCUAGGCUGUCCGUGGACAGAUUUUGCCAUUACUGAAUAGGCAGGCAUGUGAGAAGACAGAAUACGCUGCUGUCGAUGGAGCUUUCAAGCCUACCAAAAAAAUGUUAAGUCCAUCCUACUUGUGAGAAGUAGUAUGCUGGAAAGUUCUUUAUGCUUUGUUAGUUUCUUAGAUUUUUCUGUGAGGAAAUAGAGCUUUUUUAAACUGUUACCAAAUUGUAAAGGCGAAGUGCAGUCAUCUUUGUCAAGAGAGACUUUGCAGCAUUUGUCAGUACUCCAGCCAGAGGGUUAGCAACUGACCUUUUAAAUGAAGUCGGGGCUGUGUAGUAGAUGUGGAAUGCUGUGAGUGUUUCGUGGGUUCACCUCCCUUUUCAUGCAUUUGUCAUAGGUUUCUGCUGUAUUGAUACUGUGAAUAGAGUGCUGCCAGGUCUUCCGGGACCACAGCAGCACAGUCAUGUUUGCUGGUUCUCACCUCUUAACUGGCUUAGCCCAGAGCCAUGAAAUUCGUGAACGUUCAAGCCAGGCUAGCUUUUAAACAAAAGUUUCUGAAAGCAAUUUCCAUGUUAGCCAGAAAAGAUAUUAUUAUUCUAAAUAACUAUCCAAGAUUCUUAUUCAGGUUCACUGUGACAUUGUCCUAGUCCUUAGCUAACAUCACUGUAGGGUCAUAGGGUUAGUAGUGUUCUAUCUACAUUAAGGAAUAGCUGUAUUGGUGUGUGCACAGAGGAUACCUCUCUUAGGGACGUACUAAAUGGACUAUAGCUAAUGCCGAAAAUUCAUUACCAAAUCUUAACUUGCACAUGUCACCUUGUGAAGGGAACUGCAUUAGCAGUCAGAGCUAAAUCAUCAUUAAGUACUUAAAUGCCAUGAAAUAGCAAACACUGGGACCAUUUUCAUUCAUUGAGUGGCACUUAAUAGCAAAGGAGCUACCCAAUAUUGUCAGCAAAAGAAGAGAGAUGGCAGUAUAUUAAUUUGUUUUCAUUCUAAAAGGUACCUUUUAUUCUCUCUGAAUUCUGAUACCAGUAUCUAGAUGUAGCAUUGGCAUGAACAGGAACACUGUUCUUAGGCAGAAAGGCUCUUUCUAAUGACUUGUUCUCUCUUUACUCAGAACCAUAUUUACCUCUGAACCGAGCUGAGUUUUAUUUUAUGUAAUUUGUCAACUACCCCCAAGCCAUCAUUGUACCAGACAGUUAAAUCUAAUCUUGAAUAAGUGAAAAUAAAGGAUAAGGAUUGGAAAAAAAGGGAGAUAGCAGUUGAGGAAAGUUUUCUUGUUACUUUGUUUUUUUGGUAUUUUUACAUGUUUCCAGUUCCCUCUAUAUCAGUGAAACAGAGUUUCCAAAGAUGUUAUGGCAAUAGAAAUAAACCAAUUUUCUCCCACCUUCGUAGUAGAAAUCUGGCCUUGGAUGGAAGUUGGUCUGAUGGAAGAGUGAAAUCGUGAGCCCCAUCCUUAGCCAAGUAGUCUCUGGUCAAGAAAUACUUUAAAAAAUUUCUAGCUAUUACUUUAAAUAGUUAAAAGCUAUUUCUUUUA